CACUCAUUAAAGCCUUAAAAGAUCUCUCCUCACCCAACAAGAAUAGACUGAGUGAUACAUCAUACAUCGCCUUCUCUUCAAAGCAAGGAACCCAAACUUUUAUCUAAUCCACCCCACAACCCCCAACACACACUUCCCAAUCUCUCCUUUAUUUUAUUCUCCAACCUCAUUAGCUUUGCAAUUAGCACUCUCUCCCCUUAACCAUUUUAACUACCCCCUCUCUUUCUCUAAACAUUCAUCCAUGCCCAAAAUCUUCAGCAAUGGCCAUCAAAGUUUGUGUGAUAUCUUUCCUCCUAACCUCAGUUCUCUUCUCUCUCCUAUACAUCCCAACUAGGUUAAAAAUCCACAUCCACAACUUCAAGCCGGUCAUAAACUACUUCAACUUAACCACCAUAUCCAACACCAGCAACACCAAGCCAUAUCCAGUGACAUUUGCUUACCUAAUCUCUGCAUCCAAGGGCGAUUCCAUGAAGCUAAAACGCAUGCUGUACGCCCUAUACCAUCCUGGAAAUUACUAUCUAAUCCACAUGGAUUACGGUGCACCAGAAGAUGAGCACAGGGACAUUGCUGACUUCGUGGCUGGAGAUCCAGUUUUUGGGCAAGUUGGUAAUGUUUGGAUUUUGGGAAAACCUAAUUUGGUCACUUAUAGAGGACCAACAAUGCUUGCUACUACUCUUCAUGCGUUGUCUUUGCUCUUGAGGACUUGGGAUUGGGAUUGGUUUAUCAAUCUUAGUGCUUCUGAUUAUCCUUUAAUCACUCAAGAUGAUAUGAUCCAUGCGUUUUCUGAUUUGCCAAGAGAUCUCAAUUUUAUACAGCACACCAGUCGCUUGGGUUGGAAGCUGAAUAAGAGAGGCAAGCCAAUGAUAAUAGACCCAGGACUGUACAGCCUCAAUAAAUCAGAGUUGUGGUGGGUAAUUAAACAAAGGGCUCUCCCAACUGCAUUCAAGCUUUACACAGGUUCAGCGUGGACAAUUUUAUCAAGAUCUUUUUCCGAGUACUGCAUAGUAGGGUGGGACAAUCUGCCAAGAACUCUCCUCCUCUACUACACUAACUUUGUCUCAUCACCUGAAGGCUACUUCCAAACGGUAAUAUGCAACUCCGAAUACUACAAGAACACCACGGUCAAUCACGACCUUCACUACAUUACAUGGGAUACACCUCCAAAGCAGCACCCGAGGUCUCUUGGACUCAGAGAUUUUAGAAGAAUGAUUCAAAGCAACCGUCCAUUUGCUCGAAAGUUCAAGAAAAACGCCCCGGUUCUAAACAAAAUCGAUCGUGAACUUCUUAAACGACAUCGCGGAGAAUUUGCUUAUGGGGGGUGGUGUUCUGGGAGUAAUGGGAAGACGCAAAAAGUAUGCUCGAGUUUGCAGAGUGAAAACUAUGGCGUUUUAAGGCCAGGACCGGGGUCUAGGAGGUUGAAAUCUUUGUUAACGAAACUCCUCUCCACAAGGAACUUCAAGAAACAACAAUGCAGAUGAUUCUUUUAGCCAAAAUGAAUAAAUUGUAUGCUUGUAAUUAGUGCUCUACAUGAUUUUUUGAAAUUUGGGGUUUUUUUUUAUAUUAUUUUAUACAGAAUUCUAAAAGGCGGUAGACGUAUGGCGGGCAGAAGUUAGGCAUCUGGGCGGGGCACUAAACAAGCAAUUGAACACAUUAUAUUGUCCUUCUA